AUGUCGGGCCUUUCCAGAACCGCCAACCUUCUUUUCCGCACCACCCGGACGUCUCUUACGCGUCCUCGCGGUGUCAACCCGGUGCAGUAUGCGCUCUCCAAGGACAGACAGACCGUCCGCGCGAUGGCCUCUGCUUUCGAGCGCACCAAGCCCCAUGUGAACAUCGGUACCAUUGGCCACGUUGAUCACGGAAAGACCACAUUGACCGCUGCCAUCACCAAGUACCAGGCCUCCAAGGGUCUUGCUUCUUUCCUCGAAUAUGGUGCUAUUGACAAGGCUCCUGAGGAGCGUAAGCGUGGUAUCACCAUCUCUACUGCCCACAUCGAGUUCGCGACCGAAGACAGGCACUAUGCCCACGUCGACUGUCCCGGUCACGCCGAUUACAUCAAGAACAUGAUUACUGGUGCUGCUAACAUGGACGGUGCUAUUGUUGUUGUUGCUGCUUCCGAUGGUCAAAUGCCCCAGACCCGUGAGCACUUGCUGCUUGCCCGCCAGGUCGGUGUCCAGAAGAUUGUUGUGUUCGUCAACAAGGUUGAUGCCGUCGAUGACCCUGAGAUGUUGGAACUUGUUGAGCUGGAAAUGCGUGAGCUCCUCAGCACUUACGGCUUCGAAGGCGAGGAGACCCCUAUCAUCUUCGGUUCCGCCCUGUGCGCCCUCGAGGGUCGCCGCCCCGAUAUCGGUACUGAGCGAAUUGACAGCCUUCUUGAGGCCGUUGACACCUGGAUCCCAACCCCCCAGCGUGACCUGGACAAGCCUUUCCUGAUGUCCGUCGAGGAAGUCUUCUCGAUCGCCGGUCGUGGUACCGUUGCCUCUGGCCGUGUUGAGCGUGGUCUGCUCAAGAAGGAUACCGAGGUCGAGAUUCUCGGAGGUGGUCAGGUCAUGAAGACCAAGGUCACUGACAUUGAGACCUUCAAGAAGCACUGUGACGAAUCCCGUGCCGGUGACAACUCCGGUCUCCUUCUCCGUGGUAUCCGCCGUGAGGAUGUCAAGCGUGGUAUGGUCAUCGCUGCCCCCGCCUCUAUCAAGGCCCACAAGAAGUUCAUGGUCUCCAUGUACGUCCUCACUGAGGAGGAAGGUGGCCGCCGCAGCGGCUUCGGUGUCAACUACCGUCCCCAGGCUUACAUUCGCACUGCUGACGAGGCUUGCGACCUUUCUUUCCCCGAUGGCGACAUGAGCCGCCGUGUCAUGCCUGGUGACAACGUGGAAAUGAUCCUCAGCCUGAACAACCCUGUCGCUGCUGAGGCUGGACAGCGCUUCAACAUCCGUGAAGGUGGCCGCACCGUUGCCACCGGUCUGGUCACCCGUGUCAUGGAACAGUAA